AUGUAAGCAGAGGAACUACUACCAGAUCACAUAAAUGAUGAGAUUUACCGUACUUUAGAACACCUAUAUCUGAGACUAAACGAAAUUGUCCGCAAGGCAGAAGAUGUCCUAGACCUAUCUUAAUCUGUUAGUUUUUAGGCAACACUCAAAAGAUUAAAUACUGCCUCUAGAGGAGAGAACUAUUAAAAGGUGCCUAAGAAUUAUUUCCCACCUCCUUCAGACCAAGAAUCAUUUGAGAGGAAGUUUAAAUUGCUCAGAAGAUGCGGUCAUAUAUUAUCGGAUACCAUGUUGAAGGUAAGAACCUCUUUAAUCGAACUACACGAUGCUACUCGUAAGCAAAAGCAAGACAUUGUCAAAAUGAAAAAGGAUGAAUUUGCCAUUAAGAAUGAAAAACCUUAUCCCUUAAAUUCUAUUUAGAGAAAUGGACCAUAAUAACAAAAGCCACCCUAAACUAUUUUAUUGGAUGAGGAUGAUGAUUUGAUGAUUUUACCUAAAAUCGAGUUCGUUUUUGAGCAACCCCAAUUGCUCACUACAUCCAUUGCAUCAGAUCCAGUGUAUUAUAUAUCUUGCACUUGUCUGCUCGAAAAGACACUUUAAUAGCAAAUCCCAGAGGAACUCAAAGUAUGUAUAGCAAUAGAAUCCUUGCAAUAUUACGAUAAAUUUUAUUUAAAUUCUAACAUCGUACAAGAAUGCAAGACUGCCAAUAGAAUAUUACUAUAAUUAAAUGGGGAUUCCAAUUGCAUCACUAAAAAUUGCAUCUUUUAUGAAAAGAUCUAUUUGAAUAUGAUUAAGUACCCAAAUGUUCAAUUAAACUUUGCUAGAAUCCAAAGAGGGGAGCAAUUCUAUUUCCCUCUCUUUUCUGAUAUAACUGAUCUAUUCAAUGAAUAAACCUUAUUUCUUUAUGGAGUCUAUUAAUUUAGCAGAUCAAUCGGAAGAGCCCCUUGUUAGAAGGUCGGCAACAUGAAGUAUCUAAUGAAUCUAUUGCACACUCAAUCGACAUCAGGCCUUGUGAUUAAUGCAUUCAGUCCUUCUCUUGAUAAGUGCCAGUUCCUUAUUGAUUUUUUGACAGCCAUGAUUCAUCUAAAUGGAAAGGAGAUUGUUAUUGGACUCAAUAAACUUACAUUCCCAGAGUGCUAAAGGAAUCCUAGAAUUGUUUUAGUCCGAUACACUCAUAAAUUAAAUUAGCAAGAAAAAGAUUUACUAGAUUAGAAUUUAAAUGAUGGGAGUGAUGGAGGAUAUAGAAUUAAUGAAUCAAGUUGCAAAUUAAAGCGAACUGUAAUAAUCUUUAGCAAGGAGAAGAUGUUCAUUCCAGAGAUAGGCAGAAACUUGAAGCAUUGGGAGAUUCCAGUGGAUUUCCUCAAAUAAUAAUGUGAAGCAUAUCAUUAUCAAUAUCUCAUACAUUAUAUCGAUUAAGUAGUUAAAUGUAAAAUUGAGGAGGGAUUGCCCAAGUUUUUUACUGUUCUAAUCACUCUUAUCAAUCAGAAGUCUAAUAAUGUUAAGGAGUUUAAUCAAUAAAUUAUAAGAGAUUUUGAUUACUUCAUUAAGAAUCGAAAUUACAUUAAUUACUUUAGUUUGAAGACAUAUCAUAAAACAACACUUGUUGAGAAUUACUUGCAAGAGUCUUUGAAAUAAUAAAAAUUGAUUUGUUAUAGCAAAGAUAUCAUUAGAUUGUUGGGAAUAGAGGAAGAAUUAAAUUGA